UGUAUACACUUUCUAUAUAAGUAGCAUAGAGUAUGGUUUAACACAAUUCUCUAUAGCCUCUACGCAGAGAGAUAUCAUCGGAAUUUCAGAAUCUAUAGGCUAUAGUUAGAGAGAUAUCAUCGGAAAUUGCAGAAAGACUAUAGCGAGAAAGAGAGAAAAGAAAAGAAAAGAAAGGAUGACUAAAAUGGCCUCAACACUGCACUUCGUUUUGGUUCAUGGAGUAGGAGGAGGAAGCUGGUGCUGGUAUAAAAUCAGGUGUUUAAUGGAGAAUUCAGGUUAUAAAGUUUCAUGUAUUGAUCUUAAAAGUGGUGGUAUUGAUUCUUCUGAUCCUAACAAAGUUCUUACAUUUGAAGAUUAUAAUCAACCUCUCAUUGAUUUCUUCUCUUCCAUACCUGAUCAUGACAAGAUAAUUCUGGUUGGACAUAGUGCGGGAGGAUUGAGUUUGACUCAUGCGAUUCUAAAGUUUGGGAAGAAAAUUCAUCUGGCGAUUUUCAUUGCAGCUACCAUGUUGCGGUUAGGGUUCUGGACAGAGCAAGAUGUUAAAGAUGGUGUACCAGAUUUAUCUGAAUUUGGCGACGUCGAGGACGUAACUUUCGGUAAUGGACCUAACGAGCCACCAACCAGUAUAGUUAUCAAGAAGGAAUUUCAACGAAAGCUCUCAUACCACAUGAGUCCUUUGGAGGAUUCAACUCUUGCGUCAAUGCUGUUAAAACCAGGACCGAUUCGAGCAUUACAAGGAGCACAGUUCAAAGAAACAUGCCAUGAUAAUGAUAUUGACAAAGUCACUCGUGUGUACAUCAAGACACUGAAUGAUCGAAUUGUAAAGCCGGAACAACAAGAUGCGAUGAUUAAGAAGUGGGCACCAGCUGAUGUUUAUGUUCUGGAGAGUGAUCAUAGCCCAAUGUUUUCAACUCCUUUCCUUCUCUUUGGCAUGCUAAUCAAAGCCGUUGCUUCCACGCAAAUUAAAUUGGAUUUACUUGAUCAGAGACCUCUAUCAGAACUCUAGGAUAUAUUUCAAGUUUUUCUUUUUCUUAGAGGUCCUGAAAUUAUUGUAAACUGUCAAGAUUAGGGAUCAAUAUAUAUGUUCUUACUUUAUCUUCCAUUAGUUAUCAUGCAUUUUGAAAUAUGUAUGUGUAAGUAAUCACAGUAAGUAAUAAAUAGCAAAAUGAGUAUACGUUAGCCGCA